AUGGUUUGCCCUUGGCUCUGGAGCAGUUGGGCCGAUGAGAUGGAAACUGACAUAAUGUAUGGCGUGAAUAGGGGAAUUGUGAAACUGCUGGACUGGGAAGAGGGUGGCAUGAUGACAACUGCUAAAACUGCUGCUUUGCGGGCAUCAUUUAGGCAAGAAGUUGCCGUGUUAUUAUCGCUUCAAUGGGGAAUUCCUUCAAAAAAUAGUACUGAUACUACUACUCUGCCAUCGAGUACAUGUUGCAUAGUUGUGGAAUAUCUCUUAGGGGACAUUAAAGAAGUUUCUUUAUGCAAAUUGGAAGAAGAAACUUGCCUUCAAAGUACUGAAAAUUUGUUGCUAGAUGUUAAUAAAAACUUGAAAAUAGCUGAUUUUGAUGUUGCUUGUGUAGAAGCUCAAAAUCCUCAAGAUAUGACCGGUGAAAUUGGAACCUUAGGUACAUGGCACCAGAGCAAGUGCGAUGUCUACAGCUUUGGCAUUUGUCUAUGGAGAAUUUAUUGUUGUGAUCUUCCCUACAUGAAUCUUGGCUUUACUGAAGUUUCUUUUGCUAUUGUUUGUCAAAAUUUGAGGCCAAAAAUACCCAGAUGA